CCUGUGUGGAAAUGUAUUUGCGCUCCAUGUUUAAACCUGAUUUGUUGAUUCUUUAGUUCUGGCUGACCUGGGUUCGGCUUGUAAAAUUCAAAUAUCCAAAACAUAUGUGAUCACAGCUAAUUUAUGAUUUAACAAGUAGAGCAAAGAUAUAUUUUCACACAGGGCCACAUUGGUUGGUGGAACAGUUUUCGUCUAGAUAAAUAAGUGUAAUCAUUAUUUAAAAUAUUCUCGAGUUAUUCUUGUGUGUGUAACUGUGAAUGUUUGAAUGGUGAAUGCAAAUAAAUACCCUGCCACGCAGGUAUUUCAUAAAUAUAAGAAGAGUUUAUUUCACAGAAGGAAGUCUUUUGGAAAUAUUCCUCGGAAGGCUUGUUUACUUCAGGCCAUUCAGCUCUUCCCUGGAAAGGUAAGUCAUAAGCCCGCCUCAACAGGUUGUGUGGCCUCCCCACAAAUGCUCAGUUUAAACGCAGACAGCUCGUCACUCCUAGUCAUUAUCCUUGAUCGCACCACUCUGCAGAGAGCUGUAAAGCAGUCCCAACUCUUCCAAAAAAGCGAGUUCUGUCAUUUGUCUUCAGAAGGCAUCUCUCGCUGCUCGCCUCCUAAAAUCAUCAUGGUGUCCUGUGAGGAACUGGAGUGUGUCAUCUGCUGCAAUGAGUACUCUCGUACCAGGAGGGUCCCCAGACUCCUUCACUGCAACCACACCUUCUGCGCCCCUUGCCUGAGGAAAAUGUGCCGGCAGAACGGGAACCUCUACACCGUCUCAUGCCCUCUGUGCCGCUGGGUUACCUGCGUCGAAGCCAACUUGUCUCUGUGCGGGGCUCUGUGGGUCGAUACUGAUAUAUGGGACCAGAUCAUUGAACACAACAGGGAGCAUCAUUUGCUGGAAAACCUGGAAACAAAACAGACCUUGCUCAAGGCGGACUGGUUUUAUCUCGGGACUCCAGCGGCUGUUCAGCUGCGUGCCGCUGCAUCAACAUGUGGAAGGCUGCUGACGCGCUGAGAGAAAAAACAAAAAAAAAUGUCACGUUUAAGCAACCAAGACUUGGAGCGUUUUAUUUGAAGUCUGGACGAGUUUCACUGAAGACUGGCUUGAGAAGGACUCCUUUUUCCUUAAGUCAAAAAUGUGUUUGACAUGUGAAUGUAAACUAAGCGGUACAGUUUUAUUUGCUAAAAUUAAAAACAAAAUCAAACUUUAAAUUGAGAAAUAAAAAAUAAGGAAGACUUUAAAUGUACGGAUCAUGUAAAAUAGUUUGAUUGAGCUUUCUUAGAAUGUAUAAUUUAUUUAGAAUACUACAUGCAUUUAUUUAUGCAAUGUAAUUUUAGUUUAAUUUAUUCACAUACAUAUAUAUGUAUAUGUAAUUACUCUUUUUUAUAUGUCUACAUUUUAUUCAACAUGCACUUGCAACUGUGAAUUAAGUGUCUGGAAUAUGACGGACAAUGAUCUGAUAUUAAGGCAUUUGAAGCAUCUUAAUAAAAUAUUUUUUAAAAGA